AGACCGACUAAGCGAUCCUUGGCUCGAGCCUUCUAAGCCAGCGUCUCCAGAAAACUCUGUGACUUUAACAAAAUGGCAGCACCAGUAAUGCGCCACCUCACUCCCGUCCCUUCUUCCUUUAUAAAACUCCAAAUACUUCCCCAAAGUCGCUCUUUUUUCACUCUCUCCACUCCUCGCAAGAAGAAACGAUUCUCCCUCGUAACUUCAUUUUCAGUCAUGGCUUCUGCUACUAAGAAGGUAUUGGUUCCGAUUGCGAACGGGACCGAGCCGAUUGAGGCUAUUGUGCCGAUAGAUAUUUUGCGGAGAGCUGGUGCGGAGGUUACUGUUGCCUCAGUUGAGAAGCAGCUUCAGAUUGAAGGAGUGCACGGAAUUAAGAUCGUUGCCGAUGCUCUAAUUUCUGAUUGUGCGGAUACUGAAUUCGACCUUAUCUCACUUCCGGGAGGGAUUCCUGGUGCAACCAACCUAAGGAAUUGCAAGACUUUGGAAAGCAUAGUAAAAAAGCAAGCUGUAAAUGGACGGUUUUAUGCUGCAAUAUGCGCUGCUCCUGCUGUAGCACUUGGAUCAUGGGGGCUUCUGAAGGGGCUGAAAGCAACAUGUUAUCCGUCGUAUAUGGAGGAGCUAUCAUCUUAUACCAUUGCUGUUGAGUCAAGAGUCCAAAAGGAUGGGAAAGUUGUGACAAGUCGAGGACCAGGAACUGCGAUUGAGUAUGCUGUUGCAUUGGUUGAGCAGUUGUAUGGAAAAGAGAAGGCUGAUGAAGUUUCUGGCCCACUGGUGAUGCGCCCAAAUCAUAGCGAAGAAUUUGCAUUUGCUGAGCUUAAUUCAGUAAAUUGGACAUUUACGAGUAAGCCACAGAUUCUUGUACCUAUUGCGAAUGGUUCCGAGGAAAUUGAAGCAGCUACUAUUAUUGAUGUACUUCGACGAGCAAAUGCUCAAGUAGUAGUGGCAUCUUUGGAAGACACAUUGGAAAUUUUCGCUUCCAGAAAAGUUAAGCUUGUAGCAGAUGUGCUCCUUGAUGAAGCUGCUAAGCAGUCAUACGAUCUUAUCGUCCUGCCAGGUGGUCUUGGUGGUGCCCAAGCAUUUGCCAACUCAGAAAAGUUGGUUGACAUGCUGAAGAAGCAGAGAGAAUCAAGCAAACCAUAUGGAGCAAUGUGUGCAUCUCCGGCUCUAGUCCUAGAGCACCAUGGGUUGCUCAAGGGUAAGAAGGCUACUGCCUUUCCAGCUAUGUGCAAUAAGCUCUCAGAUCCAAGCGAAGCAGAAAAUAGGGUGUUGAUUGAUGGCAAUCUCGUUACUAGCAGAGGACCAGGAACUACCAUGGAGUUUGCACUGGCCAUUGCAGAUAAGUUUAUUGGCCGCAAGGAAGUACUAGAGCUAGCAAAGAAGAUGGUUUUCUAAGUGUCUAUGGGAAACAACCUCUCUAUCUGAACAAGUUAGGGGUAAGGCUACGUACAUACUACUCUCUCGAGAUCUCACUAUGUGAGAUUAUUGUUGCUUCCCUCCCAAUAGUAUAAGUUACAGUGGCAUGAGCUUGAAUCUGUAGUUGUCAUCAAGCCGACCUUCAAGAACUCUAAUGUAAGAUGCUUGGGGACACAAUAGAAGCCAUUAUCUCUUUGGGGGUCGUAUUAUGUUUUUCAUUUCGACAGGAUAGCAUGUGUGGAGAUGUUUUAAUUAAAUACGGAACUGUUCGCUUAUGACUUCAAAACAAUAUACAUCUUUUGAAUGCUUAUAAGGUGAAGGAGGCUGGUUGAAUUUUUC